CCUCUAUUUUCGGAUCUUUUCCAAUUAGAAAUCAGUCACAGAUUAAUGGCUGUUACUAAUGUAUGGGUAUUCACUGAAAGCCUUGUACAACAAUGAAAAAUACGAAGUUUUUCAGACAAACCUUCUCUUUAGAUUACAUUGCUUUGUUGUUGCAGAAGUGUAUAAAAGCCAAAGCCUUGAAGCCAGGCAAGCAACUUCAUGCUUGGUUGUUACUUACUGGGACUGAUAUGGAAGUUUUGUCUUUGAAUUCAAAGAUUGUUGGGAUGUACGCUGGUUGUGGAGAUUUGAAAUCUUCAGGUUCCAUGUUUGGAAAAAUCAAAACCCCAAAUGUUUUUGCCUUGAACUGGAUGGUUUUAGCCUCUGCUUUUAAUGGCUACUUUAAAGAGGCAAUUGGAUACUUUUCUUUGAUGUCUGAAUCAAUAAACCUUUGCAAUAAGUUCACAUUUUCUGUUGUUUUGAAAGCUUGUGUCGGGCUCAUGAGUUUGAAUAAAGGAAAGGAGGUCCAUGCUGUUGUUAACAAGUUGUGUUUGGAAACCGAUGUAAAUGUUGGUAACGGUUUGAUAGAUAUGUAUUGUAAAUGCGGAAAUGUGAGUUAUGCAAGGAAAAUGUUCGAUAGAAUGGCUGAGAGAGAUGUUGCUUCUUGGACAUCCAUGAUUUCUGGUUAUUGCAAUGUGGGAAAGAACGAAGAAGCUCUGGGUUUGUUUGAGAGGAUGAAAUUGGAAGAUUUGCAGCCUAAUGAGUUCACUUGGAAUGUGAUGAUAACAGCGUUUGCUAGAAGGGGAGAUAUCCGUGCUGCAUUCGCUCUUUUUGGUAGAAUGACUAAAGAAGGUUUGCUUCCUGAUUUGGUUACUUGGAACACUAUUAUUUCCGGUUUUGCUCAAAGCCAUUGUCCUUUUGAAGCAUUCAACUUGUUUCGACAUAUGUUAGUUUCUGGGAUUAAACCAAAUCAUGUGACUGUAACUGGAUUUCUCCCAGCAUGUGGAUUGACAGGUUCUAUUGAAAAAGGUAGAGAAAUUCAUUGCUUGAUUUAUAGAUUGGGACUGGAUGCCAAUGUGUUUAUUGCUAGUGCUCUUAUUGACAUGUAUUCCAAAUGUGGCAGCGUGAAAGAUGCUAGGAAUGUCUUUGAUAACGUUCCUAGUAAAAAUGCAGCAUCUUGGAAUGCUUUAAUCGGAUGCUAUGGGAAGCAUGGCAUGGUUGAAUCCGCAAUAACGAUGUUCGAAAGGAUGCAGGAAGAAGGGGUGCAGGUAAACGAUGCGACUCUAACUUGUGUUCUUUCAGCCUGCAGCCACGGUGGUUAUGUCGAGGAAGGUUUGAGGAUAUUUGGGUCAAUGAAACAAAGCUAUGGGAUUGAAGGUGCCAAAGAACAUUAUGCUUGUGUUGUUGAUAUGUUAUGCCGUUCCGGGAAGAUCGUAGAAGCUUAUGAGUUGUUGAAGGAAAUGCCAUUCGGAGUUACAAACUCGAUCGUUGGUGCUUUCUUCAAUGGUUGUAAAGUUCAUGGGAGAAAAGAUUUGGCAAAGUUGAUGGGCGAGGAAAUUCUUAAAAUGGAAUUGAGAAGGCCGGGUGGGUUUGUUACACUAUCAAAUAUUUAUGCUGCUGAUGAAGAAUGGGGAGCCGUGGAGAAUGUAAGAAAGGUGAUGAAAGAAAAGAGAAUCCAUAAGAAGCCUGGCUUUAGUUGUGAGCCUUCGCAAUUCGGUGGCUUUCUUGGAGAAUAAGAAUUUUAGCAAUGUGGAGGCAUGCCAUGGUAUAUGUGCAAAACUGUGAACUUCUUCUUUUUUUCCUUUUAAAGCGGGCUAAGUGGGCCAUGAGCUUGAGUCAGUUGUUCAAGAAUCAAGACAAGCCUAUCCGCAUCUUUAAUUUUGUUUGGAUAGAAUCAUUUAUAUUCAAAUACAUGGAUGAGUAAUUGUCUUUCAGAGGAAAUUUGACCUUUAAGUGUUGUAUUACGUUUAUGUGAUCGCUUUUACUUGUUUCAAUUCAGAUCGUUUUUGAGUUA